CUGGGCGGCAUGCUUUGCGUUUCUGACCUCAAAACAUUCUCUCUGGAAACUUCUUCAUCGCUUGCUUGACUACCAAGUCUGACAAGAUCCAAAGUUGAGAUAGCAAUUGCCACGAUGCCUCCACAGAGCAAGAAGAUCGAGGUGUAUCUUGAUUGCGUUUCACCUUACAGCUUCUACGCGUUUACCUAUCUCAACAAAAAUAGAAUAGCGCUUCAAAGUCAUAAUGUAGAAGUCGAAUUCAUCCCUGUCUUUCUUGGGGGCAUCAAUGUCGGCAGCGGAAACAAACCACCGUGGACUCUCCCCGCCAAGGCACAGUAUUCCGCCUUUGAUGGGAAGCGAGCACAAAAGUAUUUCGGGCUCAAGUUUGAGGUCCCUGAUUUUUUCCCGAUUUUGUCAUUGCUGCCUCAACGAUGUCUUACAUAUCUGAAAGCAGAGCGCCCGGGCAAGAUCGAAGAGCUAUUCCAGUCGUGCUUUGAAUCAUUGUGGUUUCAGCACCUGGACCUGGCCAAGCCGGAGCACAUGCUGACGACGCUCCUCAAGGUGUUUAGCAAACAGGAGGCGGAGGAGAUCAUGAAGGCUGCACAAGCCCCUAACGUCAAGCAAGCCCUGAACGACGUCACCAAGCAUGCUUUCGAAGGCCUCGGCGCCUUUGGAUGUCCAUGGUUCUGGGUGCAUGAUGGUAAAGGGAACGCGGAGCCUUUCUUUGGAAGCGAUAGAUUCCACUACAUGUGGGAUUACUUGGAGAUCCCUCACCGAGACCUGGAGCUCCAGGGUCCGAUCUCCGGGAAGCUAUGAUGGGUUUUGUCGUGUAUCUUGGCAGUAGUCUGCCACGUUGUCGAGGUUUCGAUUAAUCGAUAUCGCUCCGUUUGCUACAACAUGAUUAUAGGGUCGCUUCUGUUAAAAGAAAAAGGGAUUACUCCCAGAAGACUACUGAGACC